AAAAAAAAGUGAAGAGAAAGGGGGAAAAAGAGCGGGACAGAAAGACAUAGGGUUGACGAACCCGUUACGCCGGGCUGCACGGCUCAGAUGGCACGCCUGUUCACCUGCCAAUUGUCACACGCUCGUUCCGUAAAGAAGAUCAGUCAAUAUUAUCUAGAUAUUGCGUGGAUAGCUCUCUUCCCACCCACCGUCUGAAUACCGUCUGAACGAAAUACGGAGUAGUGUGUGAUACCCUGCUUGUGCCAUCGUUGAGAUGUCGAGAGAUCAUAGACCACCAUUGAGGUUACAUAUGAUAUUUUGUCUUCGUACUAGUUUUUUCUCUCUUUUUCCUUUUUUUUCCUUCUCUCAACAGGCCCCACCACAUCCUAGCAGACAGCCAGCCACACUCUGUCAAAAAUACCUGCCUUAUUUCAUUCCAGAGCGUCCUCCAUACCACAAACUCAAUAACUAACUACAGGGGGACAUUCUCAGGACUCUGGGCUUUAAUUACCUUAUACUUCUCCCUCAAAGCCCAGAUCAACCUAAGUUACUAGUCUUAUCUUCUCUCUGCCGACUAACUACACAUCAUAAUAUUCAGAACUUAUGUCUCGCAGAGAUAUCAGGUUGAUAAUACUCCCUUUUGCUGUUGUCUUUUUUUUAAAAAAAAAACGAUACCCAGCGAGCACUACAUGAUUACCUGGUACAAAAACGGUUCUGCUAACCCCUUUAGUACCCCUAGCCCUGUGACCUCCUACAAUAGGAUAGGAGGAGCCCCUUAAAUAGGGCGUCCCAAACCCGAAUAAUGCGCCCUUUAAGUGCCUUUUCUUCGCUGACUCCGAUGAUGAUGGGUUAUUUUAGCUAUAUUUUCUACUGGAUAUCCUUUUAUACAGGAUUCUUGCUGUCUGGCAUCCUCGUAUCGAUACGGCACUAUUAAACAGGUCAGGCCCAGACGGACGAAAUAUACAUACAGUAAGUUGGUAGGCCAGUCUGGUUUGAGAUGCAUUUCUACGCUUUGUUGGGGUUUUCUAGACCGGCUUGAGAGUUCUCCUUCCAGCCUGCAACUCUGUCUCUCUUUGAAAGUGGUUUUUAUACGUUCAAAUUUGCAGCCGGAUGUUCAAUACAGUUGAGCCAUAUUAUUGCCGGUCCGCUUAACCUGAAUAUACAGGACGGGGACCAGUGAAUGUCACCACCGGUCAUGUUACGAGGGAGCCUCGGGGUAGGUCAUCAGCAAGACACCACUUCGUGCAGUUGUACGGCUCGCCAAUCUCUUGGUAGGAGGAAAAUCGCGUUAUGGGUAACAUAUGGUUGCCUUGGAAUGACAGGCGGAACCCGGACAAGAAUCCAAUUGGAAGACCGGGCUAUGAUUCCUCUCACAGCCGAAGAGGACAUGGUUGAACAAACACCAAUCCUAGUCUGUUACAGCCCUCCAUUCCCUCCUUCGCUUCAUAUCUCGUGCGCACACGCCGACAAGCCCUGGCCUCCGGGCAUGCAGAUCUCCACCCCUUGCCUUUUGGUUGGUGCAUUGAAUGCAUGUAUAUCAUGCUAUCCUCAUUCCUAACCCUCCACAUACGUAGAUAUCAGUGUUCGCUGGAUCUUCGUUGUCGAUUCGCCAGCCCGCACGCAUAUAUAUUGCUCCAAAGAGCGUUCAACGUCCACCAAUGGCAAAGCUGUGUAACCCGAUGCUGGACGCCUCUGCAAGACUCGUGAUAUCGGAGGCCACUCUCCUGCACAUUUAAGUCUGUUUCGCCGGUAUCCAUACCUGACUGUGGAUAUUUAUUUCCGUCCAGGAUCUGGAUUGCUCUCUCCCUGGUUCAGGCCAGAUACCAACAGUGUCAUUCACCACGACAUCUAGAACUCUUUCUACCCAUCAUUAUCCCGUUCUUCCACGCACGUUUGUUUUGGGAAGGUUCGUCAACCUCAGCUUUCAAAUUUUAAAUAGCCUGAGGACCACCAGGGGGCUGCCACAGUCACGCCAGGAACGUGACAUGUCGCGAAGCGAGAAAUUGAGUACAAAGCUAGUAUCAUGUAGGAAUUUGAAUGCCUUACUUGACACGGUAAUUUUAAUCGGAGGUGAUUUCGUGAUUAUUUGAGCUGAGGUAACCUUGGCGGUUAAAUACAACCCCGGGCCUAAUUGAGACAGAAGACGUAAUUCUGUAUCUCAGUCUUCUGCUCCUUUUUUUUAUGUUCUGUGCCUACCUACCUCCUCUUUUGGUAGAAAUUGCCCCAGCAUAUGCUUUAUGAGGUGGAUAGUAUGCUUCCAUGAAAACUUUCCAGGCAGCACUUUUUUGUCGAUAAAAGCCAAUAACUGGCGUUGCUUUUCGACUGGCAUGAAUCAUAAGGUGGAUUCAGACUGUCACGUCCUAUAUUUUACGACAUGUGCACAACUUAUUCCCGUCAAAGGAGAAAAUUUCUUGCUCUUCCUUGAACGUUGUCUAGGCAUCAACAACCGCCUGUUCAGCCUACUCCGUACCAUUGACGAUAUUGAUGCCGAAGCGAUCCUCAUUCAAUGGUUUCCGACACCAAUGAAAUAAGAGACGCCACAAAAAAUCAGUUUAACACUAAGCAGCCACUCGACUUCUAGACGAACUUAGCGCCAACCUUCGAUCAGUUUCCCGUCGAUCUGUGCGCUUCUGUGUUCUGAUUCUGCAAUUGGAAUCCACUGAUUUGCCCUUAAAAUGCCACGAAAACUGGAUAAUCGACCUAGACUCGAUCGUUUACAGGCAAUGCUCUCUACAUGCCAACUUCCAGAGCCAGACAUCAGGCAUCAAGCAAUGCGCCCCCUGUGAUACCUCAUUCUUUCUGUUUCUCCAUUUAGUUACAACCUCUAGCGUCCAGGUUCCGUCACAAUAUUGUGCUGGGAUCAGCUUUACAAACGGCAACUGGAACCUAUACAAACUACGUCGGAUACUUGCUUUUGAGUAGUGGCAUUUCCUCUAUAAAUUGCGUGCAGUCGUUCGAUUAAACACUUGCGGGCUCUCAAACUUUAAUAUGUUCUGAUUGACCCACACGGUUC